AUGGAUUCCAUGGAAACUAUUUUAUUUAAAUUAACUAUUCCUACUUGUGACAUUAAUACUGAACUGUUACAGGAAAUUCUUUCAUCUUCAAGGAAGAUAUUUAAAAGUCAUGAAAUCAUAGAUGACAUCAUACAUAAGCUGUGGGAACACAUGAGUGCAAAACUAUCGGAAUUUGAUGAUCAAUUGCUUUGUUGUACAUGUUUUUACACUUUAUUAACAUUUUCAGAAAAGCAGGAUGAAUAUUUGAUGGAAAUAUUUAAUAUUUUAAAUGAUACAUUGUUGCUAGAGCAAAGAGAGGAAGUUGAACAUAAAAAUGUUGAAGUUUACUUCCAACACUGGUAUGACCAGUUAGUUUAUGAACACAAUUUAGAGAGAAACAUUGUGGAUUCCAUACACGAAGGAAAGCAAAUGCACUCGAUCUUAGGAUUAUUGCUAGUUAUUUUUGAGAGCUGCUUAGAAUAUGGGUAUAGGCUUGAUAUCCCAAGAGAAACUAUUUGGAAUAUAUGUUCUGUGUUAGAAGAUAUUUCAAAACAAUUUAUAAGCGAUGAAAACAGCACUGUGAGUUAUGAUUUUUCAAAAAUGAGUGAAUUGGUUGAAUCUUUAAUAAGAAAGUCAAACACAACUUUGAAGGAUCAGUAUGACGAGACAAAUAUAUCGGGCUUGCAUCAAAAUGUUUUAAGUUGCCUUUGGCUCAAUGUUAAGAUGUCCUGUGACCUCUCUGCUAUUUUGAUUGAGUAUAAUGCAGCUGAUGAAACCAUUUGCAGUAAAUGUUUAAACACAAUUACGCAUGUACUUGAAACUUGCCGGCACAAAGGUGCAAUAGAAGCUGCUGGAACAGCUUUAGGAAAGAGUAUUCAGUAUCUGACUUCUCUAACUGGAUCUGAUGUGUCAAAUCUACCGUUUAAUCUAUUAGAGAGAAAGCUUGAGGAGUUAAUAGGAGAGGCAAAUAAAAUGGCGUCCGUGACACGAAGGGGCGCUGGUCUUUCUAUUAUGGUUCAUAGGAUUGUUUCCAGUGAUAUGAAAAAAGGAAAGCCCUUAUUCCACUAUUUCAUAAAUAUUAUGCUGAAGACUUGUACAUCUUUCAAUGGCACAGCAAAUGAAGAUAGUUGCAGUAGUGAGAAUGAUUUACCAAAAGCAAUUUAUAUUCACUUUCUAACCAAGAUUGUUACAGAUAGUUGCCUAGCCUCAGAAAUGAUGUACUAUUCUGCUUCUUUAGCAGAGCUGGCUUUUGGUAAUUUGACUAGUCCACAUUGGCAAAUAAGAAACGCGUCUUUACAACUCUACGGUGCCCUUAUACCUAAACUAAUAGGACAGAAAAAAGCCUCUGGGCAAGAUGAAGAAACAGUGGCAACAGUCGCCUGCGAUGAAUUUAAAACACAUUCACCUAAACUAUGGAAAUAUAUUUUGGACCAGAUAGAAAAUAUUGAUAAUGCUGAUAUUAUACAGAGUCAUUCGGAUCUGAUUGCCACUUGGGUGGAACUGGCAGAAAAUUUACAGACAAUACUAUGUUUUGACGAUUUCGAAAUACACAGUGAGAUUAUAUGUAACAAAAUAGAUAACAGCCUAGAGGUUUCUGAAGAGUUGCUAUAUGACAUAGCAAAGGGUUUGUUAUCAGCACAUUUAUCGAUAAGAUGCCAGGGUUUAUGGAAAGUUCUUUAUAGAAUUUCACUAAAAGCUGAGCUAAAAUCGCUAGUAGACAAUGAAUCUUUUAAACAGCAAAUUAGUAAUUUGGAAUAUAGAAACAGAUAUUUCAUACCAUUUGCUUCUAGAAUCUUAGAUGAUGAAGAGGGUUUACUAAAAAUAUCAAAUGUUAUUUACUGGCUUUGUCACCCUAAUACCACUGACACGGACAUGAGGUUUAUAGCUAGUCUGGCUAAUAAUGAAUUGGCCACAAAAUUCUUUAACUUGCCGGAGACUGUAAAAAUAAUAUGCAUAAAAUCCGCUGUAAUUUUGCUGCAAGAUGAGGAUGAAGAUAUCAGAAAUCUUAGCACAAACUUUUAUUUCAAUAUAAAAAAAGGAAUCCUCUAG